CACAAAAUAAUAAUUUUUCAACUUCCGAAAGUGCAGAGGAAGUUUUAUUUUCUUUAAAUUUCCCCAUUGUUCGCGGCGUCACUCUGGUGUUUUUUUCUCCCUUGUUCCACUUUCUUCUUCUCCUUGUUCGCCUACAAAAGCCCCUCAAAACGAAUAACUUCAAGCUGACUCUGAGCUGAAACAAGAUGAAGAAACUGAAGACUUAUUAUAUGCAAAUACGACAUCACAAUGCCCACCAAACAACAGUCGAAAGAAAAUGGAUUUUUCCUCUUGCAAUCGGCUCAAUACUCUCUCUAUUCCUCCUCUUUCUCACCACUUUAACUUCACCGGACGGCACGCCGCUUUUGCCGUUUUAUCGUUCAUUUUCGUUUUCUGGGUCUUCAAUUUUUGUUGAAUCCAAACUUCAGCCUAUUCCUGUUGUUACACUGCCUCCGUCUCCACGUUUUGCUUACAUGAUCUCCGGAUCUGUGGGGGACGGUAACAUGACGAAACGUACCCUUUUGGCGCUGUAUCAUCCUAAUAAUGUUUAUGUUCUUCAUUUGGAUAGGGAGGCGUCUGAUGCCGAGCGUUUAGAUCUGAAGAAUUUUGUCGAUGAGCACCCUUUGUUUGUGCAGUUUCGGAAUGUUAAGGUGAUUGGUAAGGCCAAUCUUGUGACUUAUAGAGGGCCUACAAUGGUGGCCACUACGUUACAUGGGGCUGCAAUUUUGUUGAGGGAAGGUGGAGAGUGGGAUUGGUUUAUUAAUCUCAGUGCAUCUGAUUAUCCACUUGUGACUCAGGAUGAUCUGUUGCAUACGUUUUCGUAUUUGCCGAGGGAUCUGAAUUUCAUUGAUCAUACUAGCAAUAUUGGGUGGAAAGAGUUCCAGAGGGCGAGACCGGUAAUAAUAGAUCCAGGGUUGUACAUGACAAAGAAAGCUGAUGUAUUUUGGGUUACACAGAAGAGGAGUGUACCAUCUGCAUUUAAACUCUUUACAGGAUCUGCUUGGAUGGCACUUUCCCGGCCUUUUAUUGACUACUGCAUCUGGGGAUGGGACAACCUACCACGGACUGUCCUCAUGUACUAUUCAAAUUUCUUGUCUUCCCCAGAAGGUUACUUCCACACCGUCAUCUGUAAUGCUCAAGAGUUCCGUAACACCACUGUCAAUAGUGAUCUCCAUUUCAUUUCAUGGGACAAUCCUCCUAAGCAGCAUCCACACUACCUUCAAGAUGCUGACAUGAGAAGGAUGGUUGACAGCAAUGCCCCAUUUGCAAGAAAGUUCCCCCGUGACAAUCCUGUGCUUGACAAAAUUGAUGCGGAGCUCUUGUCCCGAGGUCCAGGAAUGGCUACUCCUGGUGGUUGGUGCAUAGGAACAGGGGAAAAUGGGACAGAUCCAUGUUCUCUUAUUGGUAAUACCACUAGCCUCAGGCCUGGCCCUGGAGCCAAAAGGCUUGAAACUUUGAUAAGCUCCCUGUUGUCAAGUGAGAAAUUCCGGCCAAGACAGUGCAAGUAACAAGAACUGAAGUCUACUGUAGGAGGUGCAUCCCAUUUAUUUUGGGUUAGUUUAUAUCAGAAGACGAAAAAGGAUAUGACCAAGUAAUCAGUUUACCUUCUAGUUGAGAAGAUAGAAAUUAAGCACGCAGAAACUAUAUAUGAUCUCUGGAUUGUAGAGUUGGAUUCUCUGGUUGGUACAGUCACAUGAAAGAGAUGGAUUUCCAGGAAGAUUUCAGCUACGGAGCUGGGAGUACACCUGUAAUACUCUGGUAUAAAUACUGAGCUUGUUAUUCUGUCUUAGUAUCCCAAUUUCUUUGCCCCUUUUCAUUUCCCACAUGCAUUUGCCUUGAUCGAACACCAAGCCUGUUCAGGACUUGGAUUGAUGUCAUGGAAGAGUAUUUGGCUAAAACUGUGUUACAAAAAGAAAAUUCAAUGGAAGAAUCAUAUAACAGAUGAAAAUUCUUAGAAA